CAUCUGUUCUUCUUCGUCUUCAGUUCAAAAAAUCAAAUCCUUUUAGCCCACUCACCAUCUCUCACUGUCUCAGCAAAUGUCUUCCCUUUGUAACUCAAAGCUUUUAGCCUCUUUUUGGGGUUUCUGUUUUCAAAGAUAAAGAAAAGGGUAGGGUGUUUUUUUUUUUUUGUAAAGUUAGCAAAGUAUUUAAAUAUGGAGGCUUCAAUGAAGAAGAAAGAUAAUUGGACCGAGUCAUUAUCUGCAACUGAGUUGAGUAGCUUUAAUGACGGUGGUGAGUCGAAAGAGAGCAGUUCUAGUAUUUGUAGUAGUAGUAGUAGUAGUUCCAGUGGGUGCGUUUCAGCUUCUUCUCUUUUGGGUUUGCCUAUAAGGAAAGCCAUUGCUACUGCUGCUGGUUCAGUGUCAAACAACUUAGAUGUUUCUAAUGGAAAUGGAGAUGAAGAUGAAAAGUAUAAAAAAAUGGGUUCAAAGAUCAAUGUAGAGACAGAUAUGAUGAAAGAGAGGUUUGCAAAAUUGUUGCUUGGUGAAGACAUGUCAGGUUCAGGAAAUGGGGUUUGCACAGCUUUGGCCAUUUCUAAUGCCAUCACCAAUCUUUGUGCUACUGUAUUUGGGCAAUUGUGGAGAUUAAAGCCCGUUCCUGAGGAGAAGAAAUCAAUGUGGAAAAGAGAGAUGGAAUGGUUUGUUUGUGUUAGUGACCACAUUGUUGAGUUCAUACCCUCUUGCCAAAAUUUUCCAGAUGGAAGUAAGCUCGAGGUCAUGACUUGCAGGCCUAGAUCAGAUAUUUUCAUAAACCUCCCAGCCCUGCGUAAACUCGAUAACAUGCUUCUGGAUAUAUUAGAUGGUUUCACCAAUGCAGAGUUCUGGUAUGUUGAUCAAGGGAUUAUAUCCCCGGAUGCCGAUGGCUCUGCCUCGUUCCGGAAAACUCUGCAACGCCAGGAUGAGAAGUGGUGGCUACCAGUGCCCCGUGUGCCUACUGGUGGUCUCAGCGAUCAUUCGAGAAAGCAAUUGAAUCACACUCGCGAGUGCACGAAUCAAAUAUUGAAAGCUGCUAUGGCAAUCAACAGCAUUUCUAUUUCCGAAAUGGAAGUUCCAGUUUCGUAUUUAGACACACUCCCAAAGAGUGGAAGAGCUUGUCUUGGAGAUUUCAUUUACAGGUAUAUAACAUCUGAUCAAUUCUCGGCAGAGUGCCUGCUUGAUUUCCUCGAUCUAUCAUCGGAACAUGUUGCACUUGAGAUUGCAAACCGUGUCGAAGCCUCAAUAUACGUGUGGUGUCGAAGAUCUUAUUCAAAGCUUCCAGUCAAUCCGAACCGAUCUACUACAAAAUCAUCAUGGGAAAUAGUAAAAGAUAUGAUGGUUGAUGGAGAUAAAAGAGAAUAUCUAGCAGAAAGAGCUAAAACUCUCUUGCUUUGCUUGAAGCAACGAUUCCCGGGUUUGACGCAAACUACGUUGGAUACAAGCAAAAUCCAGUGCAACAAGGAUGUUGGAAAGUCCAUUCUUGAAAGCUAUUCAAGAGUUCUAGAAAGCCUGGCAUAUAACAUUGUGGCUCGGAUCGAUGAUUUGAUAUAUGUCGAUGACUUAACGAAGUAUUCUGAGAAUUUGUCAUCGGUUCCUACUACAGUUAGUCUAAUCACGUACAAAAAGGUCCCGGUCAUGCCUGUCUCAAGCACUCCAUACAAAACAGCAAUCACCAGACCGAGCUUCUCGCCUGCUGCACCCCUGAUCAGCCCUGCAGGGGGAGAAAGAACUCCUUUUCUCAAGGAGAACCGCAACAACAACAACAACAACAGCAAGCCUCAUCGCCGUGGCAUCGGAGUGAAGAGGGUCUUGACUAGUUAUCUUGGAGUUGAUCCUAGAGCAAAGGUCUGCGGCAAUCCAACCGGUGAUGGUUCAUCAAUAAUGAACUCCAAGACUACAGAUAUGCCAGAGAAUCAAAAGGGUUAAGUUACAUCAAAUCAAUCAUCGGUACACCAUAAUGGGACGAGUAUGCGGCAAAAUUGUCUGUGAUAUACUGUCAGUUGAGAUUUCCUGAAGAUGGAAAAUAAUACAGAUGUGAUAAAUAGAAGGGAAUAGUUGAUGAUAGAAAACUUGUUAGGUGCAGUAGAAGAGUGAUAUUUAUGUUCCACAUUGUUGUAGUAAAUUUGAAGCAGGUUUUGUAUGAAAAGAGGGUAUACAUUUUUAUAGGACGUUAAAUGUGAAUGUAACCGAGAAUGACAUGAUAUCAAAGUUUAUAGGCCAUUGGACGUUGGUUCACUUCA